GACAGGGAUGGCAGAGAGAAGGAUGGAACAGCAUGCUGCCCGGUGGAGGGGCUGAGGUGGUAUAACACUUUUCUUUCUCCCUGGGCGCACCAGCGAUCUGAUCCAAAGGUGGGAAGCAAUGAGACAGAAGAAAUAUUCUCAGACAAGAUCACAGAAAUGUAAGAAUUGCGAGAGCAGAGGAGAGCUGAAAAGGGAGAUUUUAAGGAAACCGACUGCAUCAAAGUCUACAUUAUUAAGGAGGAUUUGAGGAGUCUGCGUUUAUAAUCCGACAUCUGAGGCGGAAUGGGAAUUCAAAUAACUUAUGUUAAUUAGAGAUUAUAACAAAUAUGAUGCGAUUUGGAUGGUUUUGAGGAAUGUGAGUGUGGCCAGUAUAAUUUAUAGAUUUGUGUUUUUUGGAGUCUGUCUGUUUUCACCGCCGACCUGCCACCAGAGCUGAUCUGAAGCCUGUAUGGUCAUUUAAGAGGCUGAAAGGAGUUGGCUGCCAACGGGUUGUGUCGGACUGCUGCGUGUCCAUGCCCACCACACACGUUGGAGUAAUUUAUCGGACUGAGAGGAUAAUUUUAGUGCGUCAGUUACACAGUGAUUGUGGUUUAAUUUGCAAGCUUCGACUAAGGUCUACCAGACUUUUAUGAGAAAGGAGAUAAUUGAAGCCACGAGAAUCUGCAGAGCAACUCAAUUUAGCGGCGCGCACGGCAAACCAUGGAGUGACAGCUGACAUUCGCACGACGAGACACGAAAAGAUCCGGAUCAACUUCAAAAGUGAACUGCACAAGUUUUUAAGGCUGGAAUAUACGAAUUGAUGAUUCGCACAGGACACAAGACGAAAUACACUUAGACCUGCAAAAUGUUCAAAAGGGUCACCUGUCCAUGGAGGCCAUUUCCGAUGAGACUUUUGUGAACAGUAGAUGGAUCAACUGAAGAUCAAGAUGCAUCUCUCAGUUCUUGUGUCAGGUUGCGGGCUAGAGUUCCUGCUGGUUCUCUGUGGGCUCGAGUUUUCCUGGUCCUGCCCCCGUCACUGUAUCUGCUACACUGCACCCAGCACCGUCUCUUGCCAAGCCCACAACUUCCUGUCAGUACCUGAUGGCAUUCCUCCUGACAGUGAACGCAUCUUCUUACAGAACAACAAGAUCCAUCGUUUAUUACGGGGUCACUUCAGUUCCAAUACAGUGACUCUUUGGAUCUACUCCAACAACAUUACAUACAUUGAGCCAUCCACCUUCCAUGGCUUUACAUUGCUGGAGGAGCUGGACCUGGGAGACAACCGCCACCUUCGCUCCUUGGCUGAAGACACCUUUCAUGGUCUGAGUCGACUCAAUGCGCUUCACCUGUACCGCUGUGGUCUCAGUUCACUUCCAAAUAACAUCUUCCAAGGCCUGAGAAAUCUACAGUAUCUCUAUUUGCAGGAUAAUCAUCUUAAGUAUCUGCAGGAUGACACAUUCAUGGAUCUUCACAACCUGAGCCACCUGUUCCUGCAUGGGAACCGUUUGUGGAGUCUUAACCAGAACACCUUUAGAGGUCUUCGAGCCUUGGAUCGUUUACUCCUGCACCAAAACCAGAUAGAAUGGGUUGAACGUUUGGCCUUCCACGACCUGAAACGUCUCACCACCCUUUACUUGUUCAACAACUCUCUGACAGAGCUGUCUGGGCAGUGUCUGGACAUGCUGCCCGCCCUGGAAUACCUACGCCUCAAUGACAACCCCUGGUCAUGUGACUGUAAAGCCCUGUCGCUAUGGGAAUGGCUGAAACGUUUCAGAGGUUCAACAUCUUCAGUGGGUUGCCAGACGCCGGUUUACAUGGCUGGGAAAGACCUUAAGGAACUGCACAAGGAGGACUUCCCCAACUGUUCACCAACAGUUUCUAAUUCUGAGUCCAGAGCUCAGACUAACAAUUUAUCAGGCACAGUGAAUCCAUCUAUAAAUCGUGGAGUAGCAGUGGGCUCUGGAGGGCAGACCCACAUAGCGCAUCCCUCGAGGCCUGGACGUCCUCGGAACUGCACAAAGCCUCGUAACAGAAUGAGCAAGGAGAAAGGAGACAAUGAGGUUCACCACUCAAAGGAGGUCAUGGCAGACAAGGAGGAUUCCUCCCCAGAUUUCACAGAGGGGGGAAAACAUGACCAUACCUCCCCAGAUGGUACAGUCACACGGAGGAAGCACAAGUGCUCUCCCCGGACCACUGUUCGCCCCCCUAGUGGGGUCCAGCAAGCCAACAAUAAGGCACCCUUAUUCAAGUCUUUAUUACAUGCCCAAGCCCUUUUUGUGGCCUUGAUAGUGACAAAUACUGAAUUCAUUCUCCGUUGACCUUCAGAAGGUUUAGCAAAUGCUAAUCAGAA